AUGAGUUCUCAGACUUCAUUUUACUUCACCUGUCAGCACCAUGUCACCCAGGGCCUAGAAGCAGCAUCUUGGUCAACUGACAACAGCCUGAAAAAUGGCUUGCACUGUGAAGAGCCACAUGGCCCUGGUGGGAAAGGCGUAGAAAUGGGGAAGCUGGGGUCUGAAGGGAUGGCUGGGGCAAAAGCCAAGGAAUCAAGGACUGAAAGUUGUGCCAUCUUCUCAGGACCUGUGGCUGAGGAGGAGGGCGCUGAAGUGGUGGAGCAGAAGCCAGGAGAUGUAGAAAUGGAAGUGGGGGGGAAAAAAGUGGUAAAUGAGGUGAAGGUCAAGGCAGGUCCCUGGUUCCUGAACGUGGAUCUCUACGUGAGCUCCCUGGAGGCCAUCCAGCUGGAAGUGGACACCGUAAACGUUUAGGCUGACAGAGCCGUUCUACAGUUGUGGUGCAAGUUUGGUCAAGUACAUCAACACUACUUAGAGCAGAAGAGCUACAUCAUUCGGAAUAUUCCCAGCUUCUGGGUCAGUGCCUUUUGGAACUAGCCACAGCUAUCCACCUUGAGUAGAGGCCAAGAAGCAGACACGUUAAGGUACACAGCCAACUUGGAGGUGAAAGACUUCAGACACCCUAGGAUAGGCUCCAAGUUCAAAUUCCUGUUUCAAAGAAACCCCUUGUGCAGAAACAAGCUGAUUGUCGAGGAAUAGGAGGUCAGAUCAUCCAGCCAAGUGGAGUCUCUUGCCACUCCAAUCAUAUGGCACCCAAGCCAUGAACUCUAGACCUUCAUUCAUAGGAAUCAAGGCAUCACCUGCAGCUUCUUCACCCGGUUUUCAGACCACAACCUUCCAGAGUGUGAAAGAAUUGCUGAGAUUAUCAAAGAGGACCUCUGGCCAAAUCUAUUCCAAUACUACCUGUUGCAUGAAGGGGCCUCCAGAGCUAGAUUUUGCCAGAUAAGGAAGCCAAUGGAGAUCCCUUGGUUCCAAUCUCGUUAA